CAGUCUGGGCAAGGCCCUAGACAGAAGAUUGCUGGGUUCCCCCACUGCCUAUGUAAACAGGAGGAUCGUCAUUUCUUGCUCUAGGCUCAGCUCCCCAGCUCCAGCGAAGGGAAAGGCUACCUCUAGGGACUCUGCCCAUCCUCUUUGACCCUCUUCCUCUGCCUCUCCCCCCACCCCAGCCCUGAGGGUAAACAAACUCUCCCUUGCUGCUCUAGCUGCAGCACUGCAACUCAACUGGCUGGAGGCUACAUCUACAAGGGCCACGUGCCCCCAGCUUCUGGGCAGUACCCAUUCUGGAGGGUAGCCCGGGGCCCAGGGUUUACUGCCACCCAGGACAGGAAGGUCCCAGGGAGAAGAGGGAAGGAAGGCCCAUGGGGAAAGAGCCUGUCCAGGCAGUGAGGCUGGAGGGAGGGGGAAGAGAGAGAAAAGCGCCGGGCAUCCUGGCCCCAGGGACACAGAGCGGGAAGAGAAAGUGACCAAGUGCAGACCCAUGCAUCCCGGCACAGAGGUCCUGCAGGAAGGAGAGGGUGGACACAAGAGGGCUGCUUCUCUCUUCCCCCCACCAACAGAUGCCAUGCAGCCUAUUACAGUGAGUCCAGGGAGCAGGGUCCCCCUGCCCCACAGCCAUUUGGCAGAGGUCAGCCUGCACUCCGUGGAGUCCAUCAGCGAUCUGCACAGCGGAGGCCCCCUGCAUUCCUACCUGGGUGAGGAGGACCCAGCCACCCAGCAGUGGGAGGAGCUGAUGGGCGUUCUACCGCCAUCACUCUGUACCCAGGCCGGCUGCAGCCCCGCUCAAGGGCGUGGGGCCUUCCUGCUGCUCCUGGCUCUGUUGGUGUUCACUUGCCUGGCCCUUGCCAUCCUGGCUGUCUACCUGAGUGUGCUGCAGAGCGAGUCCCUGCGGGUCGUGGCCCACGUGCUGCAGGCCCAGGAGGAGAUGGUGCUGAAGUUGCGGCUGGCUAGUCUCAGCCAGUGGAGACGGCUCAAUGCCAGCGAAGCCCAAGGUCUCAGCUAAGACACCCUUCCCGCACCGGUUCCCCCGCCUCCACCCAGCACAGAGCGGCCGGGGCCGAGGACCUCUCCCACUUGCCUCCGGUGGGGGUGGCGGCCACCCCAGAGAUACCCUGGGUAGAGGUGGGACUCGGGGGGGAGCAGAUUAGAGCAUGCUUUCGGGUUCCGGUCCUGCCAUCUACCCCCUCCUUGAUGCAGAGGGUGCAGAUGCCUGCCCCUCACCCAUCACUCCCCUCCCCCACCAUCACCCCAUGCCUCUAUCUGCUUCUUGCCAUGGGUGAUUUUUGUAUAAAUAAACUGCAGACGGCCCCUG